AUGGAUGAGCUUGAACUGUCUGAAUUCAAUCCAAGGGAGCGCGUCAAGCAGCAGAUUUCAGUCCCAUUUCUCUGGGAGGUGAAGCCUGGAGCGCCAAAAAAGGACUGGGCCAUUUCCAAUCCAGUGCCAUCAGCCAUCUCAUGCCCAUCUCCGGCGAAACUUGUCGUCAGCGUGCCCUUCCAGUGGGAAGAAAAGCCCGGGAAGCCUCUCCAAGAUGCAUCUCCUUUUCAUCCGCUGUUUGAUCAUGCUGAUUUUUCUGUAUCUCCUUCCUCGCUAAACCCUUUCUUGGCUGAAAGUGAGGAAGAAUAUUCUCUAGGGUUUGAUCUGGAAGCAUUUGGAUUUCCAGACAGCAAGGAAGCAUCUGGAACUGCAGAAUGCGCAGGUGGUUCCAGUCGCCAUGGCACAUGGUAUUCAUUUUCAGAAACAGAAGCUUACAGCAACUCAAGUGGAGACACUUCAGCGCUAGAUUUUCAGUUUCCACGGGCACCAUCAGAGAAAAGCUGGGAGGUUGCUAAUGACGAUGAUCAGCUGAAGAAUCCGUGGAGUCCUCCCAAGAGCACAUUUACACUGGAGGAGCUUAUGAUGCUUAGCCGCAAAUUGUGCUGCGGGCAAGGGAUGCCAGUUGAUGUCAAGAAGAAGAACCUCUCCCUCUCAUCAACGAAAUCAGAAUGA